CCUCUCCAUCACACGACAUACCCAGCUUCUCCCCCAGACGGCUGUGUCCAGUGCUCGGCUAACUCUAUCAUCUACCUGCUGCUGCCAAAUCAGACGUCCGCUCGACGCGUGGGCGAUCUACAUGUCUUCGGAACAAGUCCACUUCUCGAUGUCACAAUUAUCUCUCACCUCCUCCGACACCGAAGACUGGGAUCGCUCAAUGAGCAGCGACGCAGAUCCUAACCAUGCGAGCACACCACGGAAUUCUGUCUCGUUUCCUGGCCACGGGGGUGCCGACGAAGGUGCCGUUUCGCAAAAUGGCUCCCUCGGACGAGGCACUGGCAAACGCACGCUCUCGGAGCUUCUCAAGCUUCACGCAGAGAAGGGGACCGACGUGAACUUCACUCCGGAGGAAGCGAGCAGAGUAGCAGAGGUGCUUGGGCAGUGGAUUAAUUCUGCGUCAUCGCCUUAUGAGGGCGAGGACGAUUUCUUCACGAGGCAACAUUCGCAAGACGAUUCGUCAAUACCAAACCGCUCCACCGGUACGGUGGAAGCAGGAAGGCCUCGAGGGCAGAGCGAGAGUGUCGUCAACCACAAUCAGUCAUGACAUCACGACUGCGCGUAACACGCUGCAUAGAUCAACUGUGGACAGCCGCCAUCGUCUUCCUUUCGGCGAUGUAUGGAAUCUUUACGACUUGCCACGACCCUCACGACUUGCCACGACACUUACGAACAACACGUUACUCAUAUUUAUACCCUUCAUCCUUCACGUCGUAUGCAUCCCUUUGCUGUUACUACAUUGUCCCUUACUCGUAAUACCAUGCUGUACAUACAUGAUCAUUAAGUGGAUCAUUAAAUGGCUAACGGAGCUC